CGCAGACUCUGACCCGCACGGCCCGCGGCGCAGUGCUCGCCGCUGCCGGAGCCAUGGACCCGCCGGCCAAGCUGCUGCAGGACCCCAGGUUCCCCCUGGAGUUGGUCCAGCUGUUGAUCUAUAAUUACAGCGUCCCAGUGGCCUGCUUCUCCCAGCCACCAACCGCAUUGCAGUGGUUCCACCAGCAGAACGCGGUGGAGCUUGGCAUCACCUGCAUGGUGACGCUCCUCACCCUGCUCUCCGUCGCCAUCUUUGUGGAAGAUGCCCUGUAUCUCUGCAGGAAGGUCCGCUGCUUCGUCAAAAUGAAGACCCUCAUCUGGAGCAGCUCCUGCCCCACCGUCGUCUCGGUGUUCUGCCUGACUGGGCUCUGGGUCCCUCGCGCCAUGGCCUUGGUGGAGAUGGCCAUCGCCACGUACUUCGGCGUCUGCUUCUACCUGAUGCUGCUGGUGCUGGUGCAAGGCUUUGGGGGGGUGGCGGCCGUGCUGAAGGCCCUCCAGGACACCCCCAUGGUGAUCAGCACUGGGCCGUGCUGCUGCUGCUGCCCCUGCUGCCCCCGCGUGGCCAUGACCAAGCGCACCAUGACGCUGAUGCUGCUGGGCAGCUUCCAGUACACCUUCCUCAGGGUGGCCUUCUCCUUCUUCGGGCUGGUCUUGGCCACUGAGGGCCUGUACAACACGGCGGAUAUUUCAGCCACAAGCCCGGCGCUUUGGAUGAACUCCUUCCUUGGCGUGUCCACCAUUUUUGCCCUCUGGGCCCUGGCAGUCCUCUUCCGGCAAGCCAGGACACACCUGGCCAAACAGAACGCAGGGGGCAAGUUCGCUUGCUUUCAGGCUCUGCUCAUCCUGACAGCGCUGCAGCCGUCCAUCUUCAGCAUCUUGGGCAACGGUGGGCAGAUCGCCUGUUCGCCGCCGCUCUCCUCGAGAGCAAGGUCCCAGCAGAUGCACGCACAGCUGCUGAUCCUGGAGACCUUCAUCAUGACUGUGCUGACCCGGAUGUACUACAGGAAGCAGGACGACGCGCCCGGCUGCUGUCUGGAGGGGCUUCCGGGGGACCCGACGAAGACCGCCAGUGCCUAAGUGGAGCGCGGCAGCGGCGCCGGAGGCCUUCUGCAUCCAGGGCCGCACGAGAGGCCCAGGCCCCUUGCCCUGCGACCCCGCGCUAAGGGCGGCAGCGCCCCUUCCCCAGAAGGCCUUCCCAGCUCGCUGGAGGGGCGGGCAGGGCGGGAGUUGCUUUCUGGCAGGUGUGCAACACGCGCGUGCUGGGUUGCCCCGGGCUUCGCACGAUGGCUGCAAGAUGACAGACACGCGUACACCUGAAAUGCUGAAGGUUUCACAGCAGAGGCAGGCGACGUGAUGCUCUCAGAUGGGUUGGGCUGUGCCUCCUGUAAGUCCUGGCCACUGGUCAGCCUGGCUGGGGCUGACGGGGGUUGUAGUCCAAAGCAUCUGGAUGGACCAGAUGGCCUCCCCUGGCCUUCUAGGCUGUGGGUGUCACUGGAGUGAGAAAACGCUUGGCCAAAUGUCUCAGCCGCCACUGGGCAGGCUGGCGGCUUGUGUGAUUUUGAUGCUCAGAAAGGACCUUUAAUGCAUAAAUAAAUUGUAUAAAUCAGAA